UACAUUCCACGCCUCAUCACUAUGCUGUAGCAUCUGGCCUGCAGACCCAUAACAACUUUUCAAGGUAGCCAGUAUAUUGAUCUGAGAAUACGCGGAAUACACGAUCGAAAUUAUCACAGCGAUUCAAGAUGCCGUCCAUCCGAGAGUCUCGAGCACCCAUCGAACCUGAUGACGUCUGGGAACAUUCAAACUCAGAUCCAGAAGGUAAUCAUGAUUUUAACAACGUUCUUCACAUAGAUUAUAUAGAAGGUGAGGCUUUAGAAAACAUGUCGGAGAAUGCGAUGUUGCUGGGCGAAACAUCUGCGCCGAUGGAAUAUGAUCACCGGCUAAGGCGUGGAAGAGGAUGGGUUACCAUCUCUGGCUUCUCGCUACCCAAACCUUUACUUUAUCUACUUGCUGUACCACCUUUACUUAUCCUUGUCAACCUGGUCGCAAGUACUUACAACUCUGCCAGACCCCACGCCCAUUACCGACACCCGACCUUAACCAACGGCACUCAUCCAUUCCACCCCACAAUUCUCCUCCUCUCCCUCGAUGGCUUUCGUUCAUCGUACCUCUCCACACAUGCUCACCUCUUACCCAACCUUCUUUUUCUCUCCUCCUCCAAAUGGGGUCUCCGAGCCGAAAGCAUGCAGCCCGUUUUCCCCACCUUAACCUUCCCGAACCACUGGUCACUCAUGACGGGACUUUACCCCUCAUCGCAUGGGAUCGUGGCGAACGAUUUCUGGGAUCCACUCUUUGAUGAAAAGGAGAACAAAGGGGCGCAGUUUGUCUAUACAGAGGAGAGUAAAAGUUGGGAUAGUAGGUGGUGGUGGGGUGAACCUAUUUGGGAGGUAGUAGAAAAAGUCGGAAGAAAAGCAGCUGUCAUCAUGUGGCCAGGGCCUCCUGUGACUAGAGCCGGUGCCUCUCCAAGUUACUUUGUACCAUAUCGCAACCUUCCACCUUCGUCAAAACUCUCGCAAAUUUUCGCUUACCUCGACCAUCCCCUUCCCACUCGCCCAGAAUUCAUAGCUUCCUAUUUUCCCGAGAUCGACCAAUCUGCCCAUCGCCACGGCCCUGAUGCACCCCAAGUGGAGGAGAAACUCAGAAUGAUGGAUGAGAUGGUUGGUGGUCUGCUGCGAGGGUUAGAAGAGAGAAACCUAACCGGGGUGGUAGAUCUGUUGAUCGUUUCGGAUCACGGCAUGACGGGAACGAGUAACGAGAGAAUUAUAUACCUAGACGAUAUCCUGGGAGAAGACGGAAUAGAAGCUAUCGAGCAUAAAGACGGUUGGCCAUCCGUAGGCCUCCGUUUCUCUCCCACUUCCAAUCAUUCUCUCUACCUCUCCCGUCUCCUCUCAGCCGCCGAAGCUUCCAACGGUACAUUUGCAGUCUACACCCCCGAUACCAUGCCCCAACGUUGGCACUUCACUGGUGGGAGGAGAAUUGCGCCCAUUUAUGUGGUACCGGAUAUAGGUUGGGCGGUGACUGAUCGUCACGAGCACGAGGUUCUCUUCCAAGGAGAUUAUCAGCCGCGAGGAAACCAUGGUUACGAUAACAAAUACGCCGACAUGCAAGCUAUAUUCUUCGCUCACGGCCCAUUUGCGCGAACGUUGAAAGAUAUGGGCAAAGGGUUCAUUUCUCAUGAUCCUCCUGUUUUGCACAGCUUCAAGAAUCUUGAGAUCUUCUCACUCGUCACCCGCCUCUUGAGCCUGCGAGAUGUCGAACCAGGACAUAAUGGGACGAUCGGCUUUUGGGAGGGAUUAUUGGAUUGAGCGCCUACUAGAUAAAUCUGUACUCAUCACACACAUGCAUGUAAUGCUCUCCUACCGUUACCGCCCAAACAUACUACUUUGGAAGGUUCGGGGCUGCCUAUAAGAUGGAGGGGGACCACGAACGGAACUCGAGGCGAACCUUUGAGAGAAUGGUUCGGACUGCCCUGAACAAUAAGUGUAUGGCAAGGUCCCUGAGCCGGUAAAAGUGCUAUUCAUUGAUGCGUGAUGCGGAAAGAAAGCCUUCUGGUCCGCAUGACUAAGAAUACUUUCCGUCGUCUCGUCUUUUCGACUGUCCAUAAAGACUUCCCAAUCAGAUCGUAAUGCCUGCGCUGAUUUACAGGCCCAAUAUCAGGAAAUCAUUACGGCGUUUUGAUUAAUCGUAGUGAUGUUUGCACUCACAUUUCUCACUUCUUGGCACGAACUCUUUGUAAGUUUGCCACAAAUUCCUCGACCGCGCCAAGUCGGGAUCACUAUCAGCCUUUGUCCUCUCCUCUGCCAGUCUAUGUGCUCGAUUGACUGCGUUGGUCGUCUUAGUCAGGUUGUCGUUCAAUGUUCUCCUUGAGACCCUCUCCGCCUCCAAGUCUCGUGAUAUCUCAUCCACCAGGCUGGAAAGAGUAGCUACAUCAGUUUCCAGAGAUGCAUCAGACAAUUGCGC